CCACGAUUACAUCACACCCUCCGGAUCUUUAUUGUUUAAAGCAUAAAUUGGGUUUAGCAGGAAUGCGACCGAGUGUCGGAGGUGCCCCUCAUGAAUAGGCUACAUCUGUCGGUACAAAGUAUCUAUUCUAAGUUCAAGUCAUGACUGAAUAGCCUACAGAAGGCGACAUUUCAGGCGACAUUUCAGAGUGACGUUCAAGCUUGAUCCGGAGAAGAUGGCAAGCAGCUCCGAAUGUAAGUGUGUUGAGUUUGCGGUAGUAGACAAGGAGGACAUCUUUUUUCAAGUUGAACAUGACGAUUUAGAGUCGGAUGAUUUUCAAAAGGAGACUAGAAAAUGCUUCCAAAAAAUGAUCCAAAUCAAGAACAACCGAUUCCUGGUUGUAGAUGAAGACGUUCUCAAGUUUAAAGAGCGGAAUAAGGAGCAAUGCAAAGCAGAUGAUUGCCGGUUCAAUAUCCAACAAUAUAAAAACAAUGCCAUUGCCAAGGCCAGUGGAAUUGCUGUUAUUCUCUCUGUGACAUCACCUUGUAAGCAAACUUACAUGGUGUGCUGCAAGAACGGGGACCAAGAAGGAGUUUCUGCUAAACCACUGGAGCAACCUUUGCCUGACCAAAUUGGCUGCUCAAAACAUGAGGCUGUGUUCUUCAUGGAAGUAAUUCCUGGUACAUCUCAGUACAGAUUUCAGUCAUCGCUGUGGACUAAUUCGUACUUGAGCUUUGAGGCUGGACCAGAUGCAGAGCUCAUAAAGUUAGUUCUCAGGGAGGUGCCUAAAGAUGUUGUGGAUGAGAACUCUAUUAUGCGCUUACUGGCAUGUUGAGUUUAUGGUUCUUUUGUUAAGCCACUGUAAAUACUCAGUGUUUAUAGAAUAAAGGUAUUGGUCCAGUUUAUAAAAUUGUUUUUUUAAAUGCUUAAAUACCCAUUAUAGAGUAGUAAUAUACACUUAAGUUUGAUUGCUUAGUCAUUCUGAACAGUUACCAGAAGCUGUUUCUACCUGUGUGUAGUCUACCGUCCUCUGUAUACGCUCUGUAUUAAACUGAUUUAAUACAUAA